GCGCGCGCAGGCGCAGUGGUCUUAUCGCUGUCGCCAGGCUCCGUCGCCACCGCCGCUUCGCCUCUUCGGCAACUGAGGCCACCACCCCGCGGUCCUGUGGCGUUUCCUUCUGCCGCUGCCGGCAGCGGGCCAAGAUCAUGUCCCGAAAGCAGGUAGCGAGGAGCAGGCCUGGCAGCGGCAGCCGGAAAGCCGAGGCCGAGCGCAAGCGGGAUGAGCGGGCGGCGCGCCGGGCCCUGGCCAAGGAGCGGCGGAACCGACCGGAGCCCGGCGGUGGCGGCGGCUGCGAGGAGGAGUUCGUCAGCUUCGCUAACCAGCUGCAGGCCCUGGGGCUGAAGCUGCGGGAGGUGCCGGGGGACGGCAAUUGCCUGUUCAGAGCUCUUGGUGAUCAAUUGGAGGGUCACUCACGAAAUCAUCUCAAGCACAGACAGGAGACGGUGGACUACAUGAUAAAGCAGCGGGAAGAUUUUGAACCCUUUGUAGAAGAUGACGUUCCGUUUGAGAAGCAUGUGGCCAGUUUGGCAAAGCCUGGUACUUUUGCUGGCAAUGAUGCAAUUGUAGCAUUUGCAAGAAAUCAUCAGUUGAAUGUGGUGAUUCAUCAGCUUAAUGCCCCUUUGUGGCAGAUUCGAGGGACUGACAAAAGUAGCGUGAGGGAGCUGCACAUCGCCUAUCGGUACGGAGAGCACUACGACAGUGUGCGGAGGAUCAACGACAACUCGGAGGCACCUGCGCAUCUCCAGACUGACUUUCAGAUACUUCAUCAAGAUGAAUCAAGUAAAAGAGAAAAAAUCAAGACAAAGGGAAUUGACUUGGAAGAUGACCUGAGAGACGAAGUAGAAGAUGCUGUCCAGAAAGUUUGUAACGCAACUGGAUGUUCAGAUUUUAAUUUAAUAGUCCAGAACCUGGAAGCUGAAAAUUAUAAUAUCGAAUCUGCAAUAAUUGCAAUGCUUCAGAUGAACCAAGGGAAAAAAAAGAAUGCAGAGGAGGAUCCUGAGCCCACUGGCCAAGUGCUGAAGCAGAGUGACCCCUUAUGGCAGGAGGGCGGCACUGGCACCAGAAUCUUUGGAAAUCAGGGCUUAAAGGAAGGCAGGACCGAAAACAUUAAGGCACGGGCCAGCCCUGGUGAAGAAAACAAAGCACAUAACCAUCUCCCAAAGUGGUCUCCUCUUUCAGGUCACAAACAAGCACAGGAGGGAGCAGCAGCGGCUGGAGAAGAAGAAACGACAAGAGGAGAGGCAUCGUCUCAAAGCCCUGGAGGGCCGGAGCAGCCACAGGGACAAAAACAGAAGUGAGGCAGAUGCCAACACGCAGGUCACCCUGGUGAAGACCUUCGCUGCUCUGAACAUCUGACCGCGGCCUCCGGGGAGCUGCGGGAAGCAGAGGGGAGACCGGGAAGACGGCGCGGGCGCGCCAGGCCUUCCAGCCAGCCGUCCCGUCCACAGUGAGGCGGAACCAACCCCACCACACCAGGUUCCCAGCGAGUUACUGUCCUUCAAGCUGCCUCUUUUCUGUUGAGUUUUGUCAGUGCUGUGUUUUGUUUCAUGAAAGUACAGUGAAGCUAUUCAUAUUCUGUAAUACCAACUUAAAAUACUGAGUUUUAAGGAUCAGGAAAAACCUUCCACGUGUGGCUUUGUUUGCCCUAAAAAUCGGAGUUCAGUGACCCUGGAAUCUGCCCUUAACACAUGGGGUGGGUUUUGCUGUAACUGUUCAUGAAGUAGUUUAGAGUAAUUAGAAACUCAGAAUGAUAAAUUUUCUUAGUUUCUCUUUUGUUUUCAAAAGACAUCAACAUAUAAGAUGGCUUAUAAAUGAUUUUCAUCUCAGGAAAAUAUUUAGGCGUAAUUUCAUUCUUAUUCGGGUUACUCACAGAUUAAUUCAGAUAGUGUUUUCCCGAAGUAAUGCGAUACGAGGGGUGGCCUGCAGCUGUCUGGGUAGGAAUUAAACAACCAUGUCCCUCUUCUUACUGACUAAGGCUGCUUCAGAUGGUUUCACUCGAACUCAAGCCAUAAGACAUGCGUGCCUGACUGCCCGGGAGGCCUGGACUCUGCUAGGAAGCUGACAGUGGCAUGGUGUGGAGUGCUGUCGGUGUAGGAAGAUGGUUGGAACUGUCUGUGAGGCAUGCUGGGAUUCUGACUAUCUGUGGCGCGGUCUGUGGAGGGAGGAAGUCAGGGCUCCCGGGUUUCUGCCGAGGAAGAGCCUAACAGUUACUUGCUGUCCCAGGAGGGGAAGUCUGGAAGGAUAGCUAAGGUUAUUUUUUGUGUUCACAAUUUAAGUAACCACAGUCUCUUUCAUUUGUUUUUUGGUACUAGAAACUGAACUCAGGACUUGCUGGGCAGGUGCUGUGCCACUGAGCUGUGUCCCCUGUCUGGGUAGAAAUUAAACAACUGUGUCCCUCUAAGUAAUUAUAUUCUUUCCAACUAUUCUAGACUUAGAAAAAGGCUUUCAGAGAAGUACAAAGGUAACUUGACCUUUUAGGUCACGACAUUUUCUUAGUGUUGUAGAAGUGAAAUCCCCUAACAGGUGGCAUUUAUUUAUUUUUAUUUAAGCUCUGUUGGGGGUUUUGAUGUCAGAAAACUCCAGCUUUGCCAGAGGUGGGCAGCAGCUUAGGUUAUCCCGCCAGGGAAGGGUGCUUCCUUUGGCUAAGGCCUAUGAUCGACUCCACGAUUCUGAAACAGAUCGAAGCAGUGGACAGAUCACGUUCCCAAAACUGAGCUGGGUGGAUGUGAACUUUAAAUUUGUCACAUAUGAGGUAGCCAGUCUUAGACACAGGUCUUUGCCUUCUGGGAACCUAGUAUUUGGGCAAAUGACAUCCUGACUCCAAAGGUAAAUUAUCUGUUGUCUCCUUUAUCCCUGGAUUUCAGAAUUGUAAGACUGGAGGUGCAGAGGAAACUGAGAAGUUCUGAUGUGUGGAUCCUGCCUGGGCAGGCUCCAGACCGUAUUACUAUCUGUAGACUCUUAGCUUUCUUUGGUUUUAAUGAUGCCUUUUAAAUUUUUGUUUUACUGCGAGACUCUUUGUGGUAGGAGUGUAGAAGUCUCUAAGAACUGCCCCUGGGAGGGAGGUUGUGAUGUGGGCUUCUUCCUGGCGGGCUGGUGCACAUGCAGUAUUUCAGAGGUUUGAAAACUGCACGGCGUUUUUUUCUCUGCACCUCUGAGUCCUAACUUGGAGACUGUAGGACUCGGUCUGAACAAGGGAAGGCGCUGUGCUGCCUUCCUCUAAGGAUGUGGAGUCAGGUGCGUAGGAUCCAGUCUUCUCCCUUUCACUUCUGGGCAGCUUCCUGGCUGGCUUCCUGAACUUUUCUGGGGAGCAGCUUUCUUACCUGUUUUGCUGAACUGCGGAAGACCAGAUCCUUUAGAAAGAUGGAAAUUGUGUAUCAGAGACUUAGAAUUAGAAAUAGUAUACAGGAGAUGCAGUGUCAACAGUUGUAGAAUUGGUUUAUUAACUUGGUUAAGGAAGUGGCCUUGGGCUCUACUGGGUUUUAGAAGCUUUUGAAGCUGCUAAAGUUACUAAAGAGUAUUGGGAACAUUUAUUUAUAAAUUACCUAAUUCUGAUAAUAGGUUUCAGCAUUUCUAGGGUAAAGUAACUCGUUUUAAAUCUAGUGACUUGUAAUUUUCUUCUAUUACCAUUUCACAGCUUUCCAGUUGCAGUUGGUUAUGUUUAGUGUGUUAAUUACUAGAAGUGGGGUGCGAGCACCCAGCUUCCACAGUACCUUCUCACCAGGGCCUGAAUUUGGCUUCACUGCCACAGUCUCACUGGAGUCAUAGCAGGCCUUGGUGAUGACUUCUGGCAGCCAUGGUAGAGCCCAGUGUGCUUGGUCUUGGGGUGACGCCCGUCAGUAGCUGUUACCCCGGUGCAGUUACUCAUGUGGAUCUCUACGGGAAGUGACUCCAGUAGCUACCAGGGUCAUAAUGGCUAGGAAGGGUUCGUUCUGUGUGGGGUUGCAGUGCGGCUGGCUGGGAGGGGGAGGAGGAGGAGGAGGAGGAGGAGGAGGAGCAUACGGCCAUGGACUGGAGUCAGCACUGGCCUUACCAGCCACAUGCAAAGGUUGUAUGGGUUCAAAGGAAGUUUUUUUUUAAGGUCAAAAUAAGAGGAAAAAAUGUUAAAAUACUAGUGGCACUGGCUUUAAAAUAGACGUAGGUAUAGUAAAACAGUGUAGAACCACAACUUAGAGUUGCCACACACUAGAAAGAUAAAAUGUAUACAUAUACUUAAGUUUUCAGUGAUAAACAUACACUUUCAGGAAGAAAAUCUGCUCGAGGAAUUGUCUAUGUCAGAUGAAAUUGUUGGUAGUUUCUUUUCUGAGCUCUGGAAACACUUCUGAGCUGGGUCUGCUGGGGAGGGCUGGAGAGUGGGCGCUCCCUUGUGGGCUGCUGGACCUCGCCCGCCCUCUCCCCAGGGGGUUCCUGUGGUAUAGAAUGGGGGGGUGUUCUUGUGCAGGCGAGGAGAGAGUUGCUCACACAUCGAGUGCUCACGUGAGAUGGACUUGGGCAGUGGAGCACACUGCAGUGAGUCCCUGGGUUCAAUAUGCAGUUUUUCUCUUACUCUGGGAAACUCUCUGCCUGGGUUUUACUGGGUCGACAUAAAAUGUCCUGUUUACCUCUGUGAAAUGUUUAAGCUUAAAUGUCUCAGUUGACAAGUCAGAGGACACUUGAAACCCUAGGCAGGAGUGACGGAUUCUCACCCUGACCCCGGUUUCUGGGCAGGAAGGGAGUGGGGCCUCUCGUCCGCGUGUGCUCCGUGGCCCUCCGACUCCCACAGGGGUGGACACCUGGCUCUGCGCCUCGUACCUCAGCACUCUGCAUCCCCCGCAGCCUCAGGGUCCGAUGCGGUGUCUCAGUUCGUCCUUCUCGUUAGCCCAGGUUUUCCGCAUCUUCACUCGGGCCACGGGUUGCCCGGGCUCUGCGCCUUCCCAGGUUCCUCUAAGCUCACCUAAUAAUGGCACUUUUUAUGAGGUGUUUCUCUGACUAAAGCAGGCUGUGCUUUUCUGCUGUCAUCCUUGAAUUGAAGAUCUAAAUGCGUAUUUAAGUUUGAACAGCUUUCACAUUACCUGUUAGUAAGGGGGAGAUCUAGCGUUUCUGGUGACGGAGAGAAGCCCGAGUUUCCGAGGCAAGCAUGAGUCAGUGUGUGGCUCCUGCGGCUCUGGCCGGCACGGGCUUGGCUCUGGCCGGCACGGGCUUGGCUCUGGCCUCCUUGUCUUCAGGUAAAAUUCCCUCUCAGAACCUCAGGCUCUUCGUGGUUUCUUCACACAGUUCUUUUUAAUCUCGCUGGUUAGCAAUCAUCAUAAGGACUGCGUUGUAACGUGAUUAAAAUGUGGAGUGCCCUUGCAAAGUUACUUGAGAAGAGGCUGCCUUGGCACAAGGGUAAUGCGCCUCAGAGUGCUUAUGUGCACAGUGAGUUUGAGCAGGGCAUCCCCUGUUUGGAGUUUCUGCCCCAUGCCGGGCCUCGUGAAGGGUCCUGAUCCCUGGAGGAAACUCUGGGGUCUGGCUCUUAGCCUUUGCUGGUCCGCGUCUAGCGGGCCUCUGUUGCCAGCUGUCCAAGACAAUCACCCAAGCUCGCGCACAGCCCUCUGCCUGGGGCUGGCCCCCUGGAAAGUCCCUCAGCUGAAACCUGAGCCACACUGGUGUGAGGCUCCUCACAUCUUCCCACCUCUGGGGUUCAGUUUCCAUGGCGGCUGCCCUCCCGGUUCCUCACCAGCACCAGGCCCAGAGGAGGAGAGAAGAGAGCCAGGAGUGAGCCUGAGCACCUCUGUGCUCCCUCCCUGGUGUCAGUCCCCUGGGGAAGAGGGCAGGAGGGCAGCAGUGUCUGGGGAAGGGGCCUUCUCUGUUUCCUAAUUGCACUAUUCUUGUUCUUGCUUCAGUCUGGAGAUAUUAAGACCUCCAUGGGGUCAUGAUCCGUUGACUUAGCAAGUCUGCCUUAUCUAUGGAGCGUGGAGUGAGAAACAGGACCAGUCUGAUGUCCGUAGUUCAUUUCUCCCAGGCUGUUUUCCCCACAGAUUGUGUUCACCUGAACCAUUUUAUUUUUUAUUUACCAAAGUACUGUACUUGGCUAUUUGCAGUGUUUUCAAAACCAAAUGUUUCUUUUUGUGUUUUUAAUCUUCAAUACUUGGUGCAAUAGAAGCUGCAAAGAUGUGCCACUUUAUCUAUGAAAUGGAGUUUUGUAUACCAAUAAAUUCUAGUUUAAAAACAAA